GUGUCGCAUGUGAGCGCGCGCGCGCAUGUGCCUGUGUGUGUUUCGGUGUCCUCGCGGAUCGCGUUGGUUUUUGUUGGAUUAAAAGCCGAUCUGAUGGUUUAUUCCUGCGGUCUGAUGCGGAGAAAUGGGUAAACUCCAUUCCAAACAUGCUGCAAUCUGUAAACCGAGGGAAAGCCCGGAAGGUGAUAGUUUUGUAGUGAACGCCUGCUUGGCGAGGAGAGGACUGGACGACUGGCUGGUUAAGCAGAAGUAUUACUGCACGGGCGCGCGGCUGGAGCAGCAGGACUGCGCACAGAAAAGUACCUGCGGGACAUCGGCGAGGGACCCUUUGAAGGAAGCUUGUGCUGAAGGGAUAAGUGAUGAGCAUUACCGUUUAGAAGUAGCCCUGCCCCCUGAGAAGAUUGACAGCUGCGGUGCAGAAGACAAGAUGCAGGAGAAGGAGAGCUCAGUGCCCACGGGUCCACACAAACAACUACAGUUUGAGGAGCUGGAGUGUGCUGUUUCAGUGGAGGAAGAUAACAGGCAGGAGUGGACCUUCACGCUCUAUGACUUUGACAACAAUGGCAAAGUAACAAGAGAGGACAUCACCAGUUUGCUGCACACCAUCUACGAGGUGGUGGACGCCUCGGUGAACCACUCGCCCAGCAGCAGCAAAACCCUCCGCGUCAAGCUCUCCGUCACACCCGACGCCAGCCAGAGGUGGAGGAACGGCGGUGGCACCCACGCCAACGCAGAAAUACCACACCCCAGACUGAAGGCUGAAAAGUGCUUUGAGGAGCCUAAAAGCUCAGAGAAAAAGUCCAGAGCUCUUCUGAGGCGUCAUCACAGUGACCACCACACACAGCAGGGCUGCCAAAGACAUUGUGUGGAUGAAAACCUGGAGAGAAGGAAUCAUUACCUGGACCUGGCUGGGAUUGAGAACUACUCCUCUCGCUUCGGGACAGCCGCUCCCACCACCGAGCCACCCAAACCCGACCACACCUCUCGCCCAUCCAAUCAAUCUCGCUCCCGUUCCCAAGAACCCGAGAACGGACACAGCCACCCGGCCCACCACCAUCGGCGCUCGCACACCAUUUCCACUGAAACCCCCGCCCUGCAGGACAGCCUUUCUCUCCGCCCCCGAGCCCAGGACUCCACCCAUCACGCCCAUGGUGUCCGAUCGCCCAAAUCCCAACCUUCCUGUGGCAGAGUGAUGAAGCGAGGCACCGCUGCUCCUCCUGCUCCACCUGUGAACACCGCACCCCAUCAAAGCUCUGCACCUUACCGGCGACACAAGCAGCGACCCAGAGAGGGGCCUCCAGCACGAGGGGCCGGGCCCUCGGGACGCACCGCGGGGCCGGUCGUGAGCUCAGGACCGAUGGUGGAGAAGGAGCAGGUGAGGGAGCUUCCCAGCGUCGUGCUUUACGACGGCGGCCUGGCGCAGGUGGUGCAGCGACACGAACACCACCACCAUCACGAGCACCAUUACCACUACCACCAUUUCUACCAGUCGUAAGCGGAGACGGAGGAAACGGCAAGCGUGGUUGAGCCGAGACUGACAGACAGAGGGCGCCAUGUUGUCUGUGUGUCUUUGCAUGUGUAUGUAAAGGAAAUUCUGCAACAGGUUUCGAUGUGCAGACUCGGCUAGGAAAGGGCUAUACUGUAUCUCUUUCUUUCUUUUCUCUUCCUCUUGGAUCACUUUAUUGCUCGUGCAACACAGUCUGACUUUUAUGGUGGAAAAUGACAAAACUUAUGGGGUUGAUGGGGUGUUUUUGUUAAAUUUUUUUCCUAAAUCAUAUAAAAUGUCUGUGCAAGAUAAAUUAUGUGAAGUCUUUUAGAAGAGUUACGACUGUUAAAUGAAGUUUCGUGAACUAUGAAGGAAAGGGAGAGAUCAAUAAUCUCCUCUGUGUGUGUGUGUGUGAGUAUGUAUGAAUGUACUAUGUAUUCAUGAUUGUACAGUAUCGUGUGUGUGUGUGUGUGUGUGUGCCUAAAUUGCCUACGGUGUCUUUUUGACGCUGAUCCUGUGUUCUUGCCACUCGAUAACCACUUGAAAAAGCACUUGUGGUGCGGCUCAAUUCAUUCUGUAAAGGACAGACGGAUCAGAACCGGUUCCCUUCAUGCAAUACAGGACUCGAGGAAAAAACAAAAACGAAAAAAAAGAAAUCCUAAUCUGCUGCUACCUCUAGUAUUAUUGUAAUUGUUAAGAAAAUUAUCAUUUAGAUAGUAUUCUUUUCUUUUUUUUCUUUUUUUUUUUUUUUACUUUUACCGAUCUACAGUUAUGCUGUUUUUUUUUUAAACAACAAAACAAAAUCACAUCCAUAUGCUACAGACUUUGUUGUAUGUACCUGUUUAACAAAAAUAUACCGUCGACAUUGUAAGCUUUAUGAAUAAUGUGAUCUUUUUAUUUGUUCUGUAAAACGUAAUUAUUAUUAUUAUUUUUAUUAUUAUUAUUAUUUGUAAAGACCACUAAGUAUGACAGAUUUAUAGCACAGUCAAGUGUACAGUAGUAUAUACCGAUAUGUACCGUAUACUGUAUGAAGAUUUCCUUUUCAAGCAAUUUAAAUCUGUUCAGGUGUGAAUGAAUGAAUGAAUGAAUGAGUGCAAAAGUUUGAAAAAAAAAAUAAUGUGGUAAAAAACAAUGAUAAUAAUACACACGAAGAAAUGUAUUUUAUACCGGCAAGGCUUUUAUGGUGUUCAGUUUUAUGGAUGUUUCUUCAUUAUCCUGGAAAACACAGUCAAGUUGUGUGUGAUAGUACAAUAAAACAGAGCAAAAGGUAUCAGUUCAAAA